AAAUCUAGCGGGGCUACUUCAGUGUUUUCAAACUUAGCAUUGUGUAGUAGGUGCAGAAAAGGUAAAUAAUGGCGAAUAUAAAACGAGAGAGGGAUGUUGAUGAUGAUGAAGAAGAGGAAGAUGAAGGAAUGCCGAAGAAAGUGGCCCGUUCUCAAGACACCAAAGACAAAAGAAGCCGCCACUGUCCCUACCUUGACACAAUUAACAGGAGCGUUUUGGAUUUUGACUUCGAGAAACUGUGCUCAGUCUCGCUCUCGCACAUUAACGUCUACGCCUGUCUCAUCUGUGGAAAGUACUUUCAAGGCAGAGGUCUGAAGUCGCACGCGUACACCCACAGCGUUCAGUUCACACAUCACGUCUUCCUGAAUCUUCACACCCUCAAGUUCUACUGUUUACCGGACAACUAUGAGAUCAUAGAUUCGUCGCUAGAGGACAUCACGUAUGUCCUGAAACCGACGUUCACCAAACAGCACAUCGCCAAUUUGGAUAAACACGGGAAGCUGUACCGGGCCUACGAUGGCACGACAUACCUGCCCGGUAUUGUGGGGCUGAAUAACAUCAAGGCCAACGAUUACGCCAAUGUAGUUCUGCAGGCCCUGUGUAACGUCCCUCCUCUGCGCAACUACUUCCUAGAGGAGGAGAACUACCGCGGGAUCCGGCGUCCGCCCGGCGACAUCAUGUUCCUGCUGGUGCAGCGCUUCGGCGAGCUCAUGCGCAAGCUCUGGAACCCGCGCAACUUCAAGGCCCACGUCUCGCCUCACGAAAUGCUGCAGGCGGUCGUGCUCUGCAGCAAGAAGACCUUCCAGAUUACCAAGCAAGGUGACGCUGUGGACUUUCUCUCUUGGUUUUUAAACGCGCUGCAUGGAGCCCUGGGUGGAACCAAGAAGAAACCAUCUAUUCUUACUAAAGUGUUCCAGGGCUCCAUGCGCAUCUUCUCAAAGAAGCUUCCUCAUCCAGAUCUGCCCGCAGAAGAGAAAGAGGCCCUUCUGGAGAAGGAAGAGUACCAGGAGGAGAUGCUGGAGUCCACUUUUCUGUACCUGACCCUUGACCUGCCUACAGCGCCUCUUUAUAAGGAUGAGAAAGAGCAGCUGAUCAUCCCCCAGGUCCCUCUCUUCAACAUCUUGGGAAAGUUCAACGGCAACACCGAGAAGGAGUACAAAACGUACAAAGAGAACUUUCUCAAACGCUUCCAGUUAACCAAACUUCCUCCGUACCUGAUCUUCUACAUCAAACGAUUUACCAAGAACAACUUCUUUGUUGAAAAGAACCCGACGAUCGUCAACUUUCCCAUCACGAACGUGGACCUGCGCGAGUACCUCACAGAAGAAGCCCAGGCGACCGAGAAGAGCACCACCUACGAUCUGGUGGCCAAUGUAGUGCACGACGGAAAACCAACGGAGGGAUCGUACAGGAUUCACGUCCUACAUCACGGCACCGGGAAGUGGUACGAACUCCAGGACCUGCAGGUGACCGAUAUCCUGCCACAGAUGAUCACGCUCUCAGAAGCCUACAUACAGAUCUGGAAGAGACAGGAGAGUGAAGACAGUCAUACAGGAGCUUAAAACGUCUCAGAGAGAGUUCUCCAGCUGGCUUAACCUAAAAAUCUCUCUCAGCUCGUCCCGUCAAGCCAUUUUGUUCAUUUUCCCCCCUCGUUUGUAUAUCUGUUACGUUUGCUAAAACGAUGACCUUUUGUUUAUUAAAACAUUUUAAGGAA